AUGGCUCAGCAUGAAUCCAGUGUCGGGAAUCCUUUGUCGGUCAACAAGCCACGGUUGCAAAACCUUGCAACACAGCUAGAUGCAGCCCGUGGGAGAGACAUGAUGCUUGUUUAUGAGUUCAUCCCAAAUGGUUCGUUAGAGUCCCACCUGCAUGGAAGGGACACAGAAACUAUAGACUGGGAAACAAGGAAGAAGAUUGCUAUCGGCUCCGCAAGAGGAUUGGAAUAUCUUCAUGAUAGCUGUAAACCCAGAAUCAUACACCUUGACAUCAAACCAGCCAACAUUCUUCUUCUUGAAGAUUUUCAGCCAAAGGUUCUGCUAUAUAUAUCGUUGGAACUCAGAUGUUUAGCUCCAGAAUAUACUCGAGGGAGAAAAGCCACUGAGAAGGCAGAUGUGUUUGCCUUUGGUGUUGUGCUUUUGGAGUUGAUCACAGGACGAAAACCCAGUGACUUCACAGAUAACACGUCAGAACCUGAACUCUUAGCAGUCUUGAACUCGGAAGAUCGAAACUUUGAGGCUCUUGCCGAUCCAAGGUUGCAGAACCAUUACAACCCGGAAGAGAUGUUUCGAAUGGUUUCUUGUGCUGCCAGUGGCAUUCACCAGUCCUCCGCGCGUCGUCCUCAAAUGAGCCAGGUGGCUAUGGCUUUAGAAGGAUGGCCUGGCCUAGAUAAUGACCCGACCCAGAACAUCGCCCCUAGACGGUGUUUGGAUUUGCUUUUUGAAGACGGAAGUGUACGAGGAAAUACAAGGCAGAAAAAACAAGCAACCAAUAAGAGAAAAACUGAUCUCCCGUAUCCGAGAGAAGAAUCUGCGCCGUGGCCUCAGGGCCAAAAAAUUGCAGGCCGUAUCCCGCAGCUAACCCGCGCUUCGCAAGCAUAUCCGCUUUCCUAUUGUCCUCUCUGUCGAUCUGUUGAAAACUCACCUUCCAAUCUCUUCGAAGCAUGCUCUUGGCUUCGUCAAUCAGAGAGGACUCCUCAUGCAGCUCCGUUUGGGUCAUCUGAAUUAAGUUCAGAGCUUCUUGCGAGUCGCUCUUCAGGACGAUCUGUCUGA